GGAAGCGCCAGCUUCAUCUCUGUAGCCGCCAUUUCUUUGGGCCACCCCGCCCACCGGUUCUCCAUGUGUACACUGGCCCUCUCUAUUGCUGGGAGUGUAUGUCGCCUGAGACGAGUCAAUCUGUUGACACAUCUUGAGUAGAGAGCAAGCGUGCGUGGCUUCUCCCGCGGUCCGUUUCAGUCUAUGUGUGAAUUGAUGUGAUAGUCUUGAAGAGUUGGUAUGUUGUUUCUGGUCGUUUAAUACGGAAUAGCUUGAUUCUCUUUUAAAAGUUUCAGUGCCUGGGUUUUCUGAUUUGAGCGGAGGUGCACGACGAAGGCAGGCUGUGGUAAGGCCAGUCUUGGUUCUUCCCGAUUCCGUAUUAUGGUGACGGGUGUGUCUGUGUCGGAGGUUGUUUGACACGGAGCCCCAUGCUGUACGUGUGGGGUGUCUUUGUCUAUGGGCACUUUCGCUUUCUCGGAGCUCCUAGAGGCAGUUCGUUUGUGGAUGUUGUAGUCGUUGCUUGCGAUCACCUGUAUUCAGGCCAUGGGACGUCGUCGCGUUUUGGCAUUUGAUAUGGCAGUGCAAACUAUUGCACACUGACGUGUUUGCUAAAAUUUGCAAAGCUGUCGUGGAUGUACAAUAUAAUGACCUGGUGACACUGUGUUCGACAAAACUUGCCGAUCUGACAAGAAAACAACUCGCUCGUUGUCCCAGACGAUGAAAGGAUUGGGCAAAUAAGGUACUGUUGUUCGCAUCGUGAAUCAAGUGCGGGUACUGUGAGUGCUGUUCCACCUGCACUGGCGUUUUACAGGCUCUACAUAUACUCCAGCCGAUUGGGAAAACGGAUUCAAGGGAUCUGUCAGAGAUGAAGAGGAACCAGCAUGAGGAGGAUAAUUGCGGACACUGGGAGUAUGUAAUUCCCUGUGAAUUUGUGUCCGCGGAUGCUGUCCUAAACUAUGGUGUGGUGCCAAGUUACUUCGGCACGACCAUUCGCAGGUUGAGGUUCACUCUUGCGAUGAGCCAAGAGUGCGUAGAGGAUAUGUCAGCCCUGGAGGAUUCAGCCUAUCCAGAGGGUGAUUAUCACAGAAGAACCCACAGGACUAGGGGAGAUGUGGAUGUGGAUCGGCUGUCUGAAAUGAUUGCAAGUCGAAGGGCACAAUUUACGGGGAAUAGGUUCGAUGAAAGGUCGAAUGAUCUACACGAACAUGAUGCUAGCGUGUCAGGUGCAGGUUACGGUCUCUUAAAUGAUUCCGAGGUCCCUGUCUUUGAAGUGUAUGAGGACAAUGAUCCGGCUGAAAGUGAAGAUACUUUCCAGAGAGUGGUCCGUAAGUCGAGCAACUCAAUUUUUCCUAUCGAUUUGAGGAGAAUCGGGACCGGCGUUGGAUCGGAUAAGGUAGUCGAAAGUAAAUUCGAAGAUGACGCUGAUAAGGAAAAUCAGGACCCUAUCGUUGAGGGGGUUGUGACUUACACCCGAAGUCCCUUGCCGGAGUGGUACCCGAGGAGGCCCUUACAAGACAUCACCAAUGUUUUGGUUUCCGAUCCGGAUGAUAAACUUCCACCACCAAAGAAAAAGCGCAACAAGAACAUGAUUGAUGGUACGGGAUCAUCACUGUUAACUUUGGUUGAGACUCCACCCAGGAAGCAGUGUCUAGGUGUCAGUCGACCGACGGUGUUGAGCGGCGUAGCGUCGAGGCAAGUGUUCAAUCUUAGGAAAGGUUUUAGGUGAUAGCAUAUUCUUUAGUUGGUCACUGUUUGUGACACUUUAAAAAACGAAUUGAAUAUAGUUCAAGCUGCUGAUGACUACACAAGCGGAAGAGAGAUUCACUGCUGGUGAAUGUCUCUUUCGCCCCUGUUGACUAGUCAUCUCAUUACAAGAUGACAUACCCCUUCAUUUGAGAGCUGGACUCAAAAUUUGGUCCAACAGUCCUGAUCAUGGAUGAUGCCUACCUGAAAAAACGUGAAUAACCGACACUCUGCGUCAUGCUUUAUAGGAGCUAUCAUUAAUGACACUUCCGCAUUGUUGUAUGGUACACUAAACCAUGGUAGAAGUAUGUUCAAUUCUUAUAGUGCGCGCUUAAGUUUCGAAUCACACUUAUUAUGUAGCUUUCGUAGCGCGGUCAUCGCACAUGUACACUAAUCCCGAAGGGAAAUAUCACGAAGGUGCAGCCCUGGUUUAUGAAAAUUUUACCAUCUGCAGGUCGACAGUUCCUGUUAUUUGUUUCCCAAUGGUAGGAUUUAAUUUGGGUAUCAAGUACACAAUCGCUUGUGGCCUCAAGUGCAUGUAUCGUCAAUUGACAUAUGUUCACAGUUUCCUGAUGAGCAUUGUCUGAACAUGUAGCACAUACCAUUCAAUGUU